AUGAGGACGCCGCUCUCACACUUUCUCUCGGCCCUACUGCUAUUGCGGACUUGUGCAGCUGGGCCUGGUCAGCCGCUCACCGACCAAACAGUGUUUGGGGCAACUGGCCACGAUGCCGAUCACGAAUUCACGUUCCAGACAGAGGAAGCAGAACCCCGACACAUGACUCAACGAGUUGAGAAUGCCUGGGAUAUUCUUCGCACAACUAAAAACCCAGUCCUUCAGUCCGACAAACCGAGAGGAUUGUUAGGGACUGCGGUUUACUAUGGCCGCCAAACGGUCCGACUACUAUUUUUGAAUGGCCCCUCGACCGAAAAACCAGAGCGAAAACUGGACAAACAUCUCGCGAUAGCAGUGGAGGAAUUGAGAACAGCUGCUGAUGAAGACCGAGACCCGGAUGCAAUGUUUCUGUUAGCAGAGAUGAACUUCUACGGCAAUUUCUCCCAUCCCCGCGAUUUUGAAGAGGCUUUCCGCUGGUACCAUGAACUGGCAUGGCUGGAUGGAAAUAACACAGCGCAGAACAUGGUCGGGUUCAUGUAUGCGACGGGUAUCGGCGGCGCGGUCGAACCCGACCAGGCAAAGGCCCUGAUGUACCAUGAGUUUGCAGCGGAAUCAGGGAACAUUCGUUCGGAAAUGACACUUGCAUAUCGAUAUCACACUGGCAUCGGAACACCGAAGGAUUGUGAUCACGCGAUCCACUACUACAAGAAGGUUGCGGACAAGGCGAUCGAGUACUACCGCUCAGGUCCUCCUGGUGGUAGGGCUCUUGUUCGAGAAUCUUAUCGCUGGGCAGAUGAAGAAGGUGGCGUCUACGGACCAGGAGCCAGUGUUUCGAGCUCGGGUGUUAAUGCGCGGGACGCUGCCAAUGCCAGUCCCGAGGCCAGCGUGGAAGACAUCCUGGAGUACUUGGACCUCAUGUCCCGGAAGGGGGAGCUGAAGGCUACGUACACCCUUGGUAAGAUGAAUUUCGAGGGUGCCCGGGGCUUGCCGCGGAACUUCCGACGGGCUAUGAGGUAUUUCAAGGUUGUUACCAAGAAAUAUUGGAACAAGGAUGGGACCAUCAACUCAAAUCCCCCCGCAGGGCUCGACAAGCUGGCGUCUAAGGCCGCAGGCCAUAUUGGUCUGAUGUACCUUCGCGGGGAGGGGGUUGAGCAACACUACCCGACUGCCCUCACAUGGUUCCGACGGGGUAUUGCAAACGGGGACUCUCUGUGCCAGCACUGGAUAGGUCUCAUGUAUCUCAAGGGCUAUGGUGUGCCUCAGGAUGGCUUCAAGGCAUCUCAGUACUUCAAAGCAGCGGCAGAGCAGGAUUCUCCGGCAUCAGAAUCACGAUUGGGUGCUCUGUUCUUGGAUCAAGGAGACGUGGCAACCGCAACACGUUACUUCGAGCUCGCUGCCCGCUGGGGGUGGAUGGAGGCAUACUAUUACCUAGCGGAAAUGGCCAACUUCGGUGUUGGCAGACAGCGGCACUGUGGUGUGGCCGCGGCCUACUACAAAAUGGUUGCAGAAAAAGCAGAGAUCGUCCACUCAGCCUUUGUGGAGGCAAACACUGCUUACGAAUCUGGUGACAAGGAGGGCGCUCUCAUCCCAGCGAUGAUGGCAGCAGAGCAGGGCUAUGAGAACGCACAGGCUAAUGUGGCUUAUCUGCUUGAUGACCAUCGCUCUGUGCUCUCGCUCAGUUCUAUUCUUCCAUGGGUGGAGAAGGCUCGAUCUUCCUUGAUGCGUAAUUCGCGACUGGCGUUGACUUACUGGACCCGCUCUUCGAAGCAAGCUAAUAUCGACUCCUUGGUCAAGAUGGGCGAUUACUACCUGUCUGGUACGGGUACACCGGUCGAUGCUGACAAGGCCUCCAUCUGUUACCACAAUGCUGCUGAAGCCCACCAUAGUGCGCAGGGCUAUUGGAAUCUGGGCUGGAUGCACGAGAACGGUGUGGCAGUAGAUCAGGAUUUCCACAUGGCCAAGCGGUAUUACGACUUGGCUCUUGACCUCAGCCCCGAAGCGUAUCUGCCAGUGAAACUCAGCUUGAUCAAACUUCGGGUCCGAGGAUACUGGAAUCGCAUCACCAACGGAAACAUUAAUCCCAUUCACGAGGAGGAAGUUUCUUACUUAGAUUUGCCCCCAGACUCAAAGCCCCGUCGUACCUUCAAGGAAUGGGUCAAGGCUUUCAUCGAGAACGACGAGGAGGGCUAUUACGAAGACCUUUACGAACAACAGCGGGGAGAAGAUGAUGAAUAUCGUAGCUUGGAAUCCGAAGGCCAUGAGGAUGGCUACUAUGAUGACCUGGACCUCGACAUCGACGAGGGAAUGCUCGAGGGUCUCCUCAUUGUUGGAUUGGCUGCGACGCUGUUGGUUUUGGUUUAUUUCCGUCAACAGCAACAACGCAACCGACAGAAUGAGAAUGUCAAUGCCAAUGCCGAUGCCCAGAAUGGAAACGAGAACGCUAACGACCGUGGCUUUUUCCCUCGGCCUGGUGAUCCUGAAUUUGGGCAAUGGGUGGCAGGAGGAGUUGGUCAUUAA